AACAAAAAAGUGACUUGUUUACAUAUUUCUGCUUGCCUUUCUCAGAUUUUUAAUAAACGAUUAUCGUUUUUUAACUGAACAGCAAAAAUCUUAUUCUAUUUACUUAGCUAAUUAAAAGUUACGUAUCUGUUCUACGUGAUGUCGAAAAGAAACAUUACAUAUAUCAAACCAGAUGAACCGGAUUUCCUCAAGCGCAUGAAAGCACAGAUUGGCUACAAGGAAGGACCAACCGUCGAUGAUAAGCGGCAGCGCGUUCAGGAUCUCUCCGACGAUUCUGACGACGAGGAUCGAGAAGACAGAGAAGAUGAAAAACCACAGGUAGUUGUGGUGAAACAUGGUGAUCUCACUGCGGAAGAAGCAGAAAAGGCAAUCAAAGAAGAACAAGAGAAACCUGCCGACCUGAACCAGAGGGUGGUUUUUAAAUCGAAGAAAUCCAAACACGCCAAAAACACAGACGAUACUGAUGUGCUGGAUAGGAAAGCAAAAAAGAAAAAAGAUAAGGAGACCAAAAGUAAGCUCUCAUUUGACGACGAUGAGGAAGAAAAUGACGAUGACUAAAUAAGUGUUAAGACAAAUUUUAAAACAUUGAUUUAAUAAGACGUGUUAGAUUGAUUGAAGUUCUGAUUAAGUAUACAAUUAAAAUAUAGCGA